AUCCACAUGGCUACCGGAUGCCAUUUUUGGAAAUGCAAACGUGUUUAUGACAUCGAUUUUUAGAUAUACUCGGAUAACGUGUUCUGAAGCGUUCAUGAGAUGCCGUUUUCCGGAAUUUUCAAUCUUGUUUCAAAAUAGUUUGUCAAUUAGGGUCAAACAUCAGUUUCCAGUUUCAUAUCCAUGAACAAGAAAGAAAAUGUCAUUGUAAACAUUACGUCAGAAAAGAAAAAAGGAGGAUCUGUUAUGCACUGACAUAAAUCAAAAAAAUAGAAAUGGCAGGUGUGAUGGGAAUGGCCUUUAUUCCUUAUUAUAAUCAACUAAUGACAAUCCUGGAGACAAAUGAUGAACUCAGGAAGAGUGCGAGGGGUAUCUUCAAGCAAAUGGCUUGGGCAGCAGGAGGGACGGCAGUAGGAGGAGUCCUUCUAGGCCCCCCAGGAGCCAUGGUUGGGGGAGUAGCAGGAUCCAUGAUUGGUUAUAUUUGUUCUGAUGAGUACACAGCUAUGAUAAAAGUGUUACGUAAUUUAAAUGACGAGGAGAAACAGAAGGUUGUGAAGGCCGUACAGGAAUUAGUCGGUACGUCCUCCAUAGAGGCCCUCACUAGAUUCAUCUCACAACAAGUACAGAGGGACAUGCUGCUGAAACUGUUGAGAGAUUUUGUAGGUGACAUUCAAAAAGGAGGAUAAACUUGUAUUUUAAUCUAGUAGCAAAGAAGAAUGAAUUCCAGAGCCUUUAUUUUUGCUGUAUACAUGUAAAUAUUUCUGUGUCAAAUGAAAUAAAUCAACAAGUUUGUAUUUAAAUUCAUAUAUCUAAAUGUGUAUAUAUAAAUAAAUCAAAGCAUUUGUACAUGUAUUGUA